AUGACCAACACCGUUCUCAGCCCCGAAGCCCACCCGCUCUCCUCCGCCAACAUCACCCUGACGCCUACACUAUUCUUCCACGGCGACGGCCUCACCGCCGCCCAAUUCUACACAACCCUCCUCCCCUCCUCCACCAUCACCUCCCCCACCACCCUCCCCAGCCCCGACGCCUCACCCACGACCCCAGCCCCAACAACCAUCCACCUCACCCUCCUCACCCACCCCUUCCUCAUCAUCAACGUCCCUCCCUCCGACCCCAACACACCCCCACCCUGGACGCCCAACGAAUCUUUCUCCUUCACCCUCACCGUCGACACGCAAGCCGAAAUCGACCAGCUCUGGGACGCGCUGACCGCCAAAGGCGGACAGCCCAGUGACUGCUGCUGGUGCAAGGACCGCUGGGGCGUGAGUUGGCAGGUCGUGCCAAGGUUGUUGGUGCGGUGCAUGCAAGGAGCCGAGGGGAAAGCGGCGCAGAAGGCGGCGAUGCAGGUCAUGAUGGGCUGGCGAGGGGGGAGGAGGCCCGAUGUGCGGGAGUUGGAGAGGGUUGUUGGGGCGUUGGCUUGA